AUGAAGAGAAAGAGUGCACAACUACUUAUUACCAUCGGGAAAGUGAUCCUCGAGUAGUAUGCUCUUGCAAACUUUAUGAAUGUGAAGGCAUCCCAUGUUCUCAUUUAUUUAAUGUAAUGAAGCAUGAGCGCAUGAGGGAGAUACCUUUGUCCUUAGUAUUAAAGCGGUGGACAAAGCAAGCAAAAUCUGAAGUUCACUCCACAGUUCCCAAGGAAAAUAUGCCUAGUGAAGCUGUACGAUUGGCCAGGCAUGGAGAUUUAAGUUAUUUAAGUAGCAGGGUAUCAUAUCUUGCUUCACAGACAAAGGAGGGUACCAACAUUUUGAAGAAAGAACUCAGCAGAUUGGAGCCGAUACUUGGAGAUGUUUUGAAGCAACAAAAAGAUGUAGGUGAUAGUCCAGAUCCAUGUAAUAACAUUGUAAGAGAUCCUAUCAGGGUAAGGAGCAAGGGCAUGCAAGGAAGCAAUGAACCAAAAACAAAGCCAAAAUGUUGUUUAUGCAGAAGCUAUGGACACAAUAAAACUACAUGCCCACAUAAGAAUAGGGUACGUGGCAGAGUUAGAGUUGUGGCAAAAAAUAAACCCAAACUUCGACGGCUCAGUGAUAUUGAAGAUUGAGGCACGUUGUAAAUUCUAUCAUAGGAGCAAUUGUCAUUGUUGUUAUUAUUUUUCU